AUGGCUAAUACAAGACCUGAUUCUAAUGGUUCACAGUUCUUUAUCAUACUGGUGGAACUGCACCAUGUUGUGUUUGGGAAGGUUAUACAAGGGAUGGACUAUGUGUUCGCCAUUGAAGGUGGAGCUGGUACUUACAGUGACAAACCAAGGAAGAAAGUUGUGAUUGCUGAUUCUGGAGAGAUCCCUAAAGACAAAUGGGAUGAAUAG